CCGUGCGGCAAGAGGCACUUGUUCUGCUCCACCGCUAUUAUCGAGCCGCCCGAGAUGGCCGGCGAAGAAGAGCCCACCAGACCGCCGCCGCCGCCGCCGCCACCGCCGCCGCCAAUCCCCACUCCGCUCACCAGCCCACUGACGACGGCCGAGGCCGAGCUGCCCAAGCCUCCGACGCCGCUGCCGCCGCCGCUUGUGCAACUGCUGAUGCCGCCGCCGCUAGUGCCGCCGGAGCAGACGGCGAUAGCGUCGCCCAGGGACCCGGUGUCCAGCGAGCAGGCUGCCACUCGGUCUCGUCCGCUGGCUGCGGUAGCCGCAACGCCAGAGUCGAUCUGCAAGAUUUGGCCCACAGAAUGCUUCAAUUCUGUGCGUGGAGAAGCGGUAAAACAGUGA